GAGCCCUUGGCGGACACUCAUUCCUCUUCUGCGUCGCCCUCGGUAACCAAGGCUCAAGAUUCUCAAUUAGCAUGGCGGGUCGGUACUUCUGCGUCUCCUUGUUGGUGGCGGCGUCGCUGGCGGCGUCGCAGGCGGCCCCGACGCCUGCGGGAAGCUCGGCUUCCUCCGCCAUUCCCGUCAUCCUGAACGGAACUCGCCUCGAAAUCAGUCCCAUGGAGAGGACCUUCGUGUUCUGCUCGGCGGAAGUGGAACCCGGCGCGGCCCUCCACAACUACCAGGUGGCGUGGAGGGACAGCGACGGGCACUUCGUCAGCCAGGAUCCUGAGUCACCGGUGUUCGCUCGCGGCCGAGGCACUCACAUCCCUCACUCGUACCUCGUGUUGGCACCCUUCAGCCUCGACAGCGCCGGCGUGUACAGCUGCGUCCUGUUCUUCCGUGGACAGGAACUGGCGUCCUCGACCGUCGACCUUCAGCUCAAGGAAACACGCGUAGCCUGAGCAGAGAACACGAGCGAAAAGCCUUCGGGCUGAAUGAUGAUCUGGACGAUGAUUGUAAUUCGUACAAAUAUUAGUACAAACAUUAAUAUAGAUUAGGUAUCUAUUUAUUUCUUAUAUUUAUUUGGCACCACAUGUGAGUUUCAUUUUCUAUAUGACAAUAAAGACGAUUUGAUAUUAAGAUUAUUUUUUUUUCUUUCCCAAUUUCUAUAAUGAAAUCUACAGUAGUACUGUCAUCACACUUCUUUACGCUACCGUGCACUGCAGUUCAUAGUUUCCCAUCCUUUCCUUCCAAGUUCUCUAUCUACUUUAUCUAUCUAUCUACACAUAUACCUGUCUGUCUCUCAAGCGACUGGAUGAUGUUUCCCAGUCCUCAUUAGUACAAAAAAAAAAAAAAAAAAAAAAAAAAAAUAGGUUAUGUAUUGAUUUAAUUAUUCUAUUUAUUUAGUUCUAUGUGUGUUUUUUUCGUAUGUGUUAGUAAUAUUAAUUUUGUGUUAAGAUUUAAUUUACCUUCCUUGUAAUCGUCGACCGUCAACUUGAAGAGAAAAGAGGAAGAUAACUCCUAAAGGACUAGAUGACUACUGGUCCUUUUUUUUCUUUUUUUUUUUUACACUAAAGAC